UGUACUUACUUUUUUAACAAAAUGUUAAAGUUAACUUGUUGCUAUUUAUGUUUAUCUGUAAAUAAAAGACCAUUCAAUGUUUAUAAGACUGAUCUUCAAUACAUUUAUGAGAAGCUCGCAGACACAAAGGUCCGAGACGGUGAAUGUUGGAUGUGCUACAUCUGUCGCACGAGGCUGCUGCAGUGUCUUCGGCUGCAGCAGUUGGCUGUGAAGACAAAAGGUCUUGCUGAUGGUGCUUGGGAAGAAAAGAUCAAGAUAAGUGGUCCAUUCAAAUCUUUGGUGGAAUUGUCAAUUCACAAGGAAACAUUGAUUAAUGAGCCAAGUUUGAUCAAACCGGAGCCAGACAAAAAAGGGUUAAGGGCAGAUAAGGAGCACAAAGGUUUAGAAGAAGAUAAAACUCAAGAGAACGCCAAGUAUGUGUCUACAGAUACUUGUCAUAUAGAAUUUGAAGGUCCCAUAUUACCAAAUGAUACCACUCCGUGUGCAAAACUACAAGGCAUAGGACAUGUGAAAAUAAAACAAGAGAUUGAAGAUUUAGGUAUUGAACAUGAUGAAACUCAAGAAUACAAAAACUAUGCGGCUACAGAUACUUUUCAUAUAGAAUUUGAAGAUCCUCUAUUGGUAAAAAGUAAAGUAAGCAGAACAUUGGUUGAUGAUGGUAAGCAGAACAAUGCUAGGCACGAGUCAGAUAUAACACCAUGUGCAAAACAAGCCAUAGAACAUGUGGAAAUAAAACAAGAGAUUGAAGAUUUAGGUAUGGGAGUAAUCGAGCAGCACCAAAACGUCAGUGAAGCACAGGCCAGCGGUCGCAAGACACUGUCCAGAGAAGAAGAACUAGAGUUAAAAAGAAGAAGAAAUCGUGAACGUCAAAGAGCAUAUUAUCAUCGUUGGAAAGAUUUGAAGAAAAAGGAAAAGAAAAUUAAGAAAAAAGAACCAAAAUCAAAUGCUGAACGCCAAAAGGAGUUUCGUCGACGUAGGAAAAUACAAAAAUUGGGCGGUAUUGAAGAGAAUCUCGUGCAAUGUGGGCCUGUUGAAAAUAUAGUGCAUGUAACAAUACAAGAAGAUCACAUUCACAGCCAACAACUUAUUAAUGUGCAGCAUACUGAAUGCAUUACUCCCGAAGUUAUUCUACAGAGGAGCACAGAAAUUCCUAGAGAUGGUUUUGUACAAGACAAAACUCAAGAAAAUUCAAAGCUGGCUAUAGAUACUUGUCAUAUAGAAUUUGAAGGUCCCUUAUUACCAAAUGAUGGCGGAAGUAACCAGGACAAUGCUAGGCCUAAGUCCGAUAACACCCCAAUACAACAAGCCAUAGAACAUGUGGAAAUAAAACUAGAGGUUGAAGAUUUAGGUGUGGAAGAAAACGAGCAAGCAACAAAUGUCAGUGAGGAACAGGCCUACAUCAGUGAAGCUCAAGCCAGCGGUCACAAGACACUGCCCAGUGAUAUUUGUUGGGAGCCGGUCACGUCCACAAGUCAACUGCAACGACACAGUGACAAACGGUUCAGCUGUAAUAUUUGCUCCAAGGAAUACUCGCAGAAGCACAAUUUAGUUAAACACAUCUUAACCCACGGUGACUACAAACCGUUCAGUUGCAAUGUUUGCUCAAAACGUUUCUAUCAGAAGGAAAACUUGGAUACACACAUGAGAAUUCACGGCGGUGAGAAAACUGUAUUCAAAUGUGACGUCUGUGAAAAGACGUUUGCGCACAAAAGAACCUUGGACAAUCACAAGGAGACUCAUUCGACCGAAAGGAAAUUUAGUUGUGAAGUUUGCUUCAAGGAAUUCUUUUUGAAGAGAGUUUUGAAAGCACACAUGCGUACUCAUACGGAUGAGAAACAGUUCAGUUGUGAGGUUUGUGAUAAAAAAUUCUCGGUAAGAGAUUAUAUGUUGAAACAUAUGAAGACUCAUAGCGGUGAAAAACCAUAUACUUGUCAUAUCUGUCAGAAGCCAUUCUCAGAAAAGGGAACUUUGAACGCUCACAUAUAUACGCAUACAGGUGACAAACCAUUCGAUUGUAACUUGUGUUCCAAGAAGUUUUCGUUGAAAAGCACUUUGAAAUCACACAUUUUAGUUCACAUAGGUGAAAAACCAUUCGCUUGUACAUAUUGCGGUACGAAAUUCAGAGAGCAGAAAUCAUUGAAUCGUCACAUGAAAAAGCAUUUAAACUCGGAAAAGUCGUUUAUUUGUGACAUGUGUUCUAGGACGUUCGCAUCAAAAAGUACUUUAAAAUCCCACAUGCUAGUUCAUGUAGGCGAUAAACCGUACACUUGUGAUACUUGUGGUAAUAAGUUUAGAGAACAGAAGGCAUUAAAUCGUCACAUCAAAACUCAUAUUGGUGAGCUGGUGCCGAUUGAGAAACCAUUCUCUUGUGGCACUUGUGGAAAUAGGUAUAGAGAACAGAAAGCACUAAACCGUCACCUUCAAAGUCAUGCUGAUGAGAUUAUGAAGCUUGAAAUUACUUAAAACGCCAGCUGAUCCCAACAGACGAUUUUGUUUUGAUUUAGCCCUGUACAUAUGGGCGUAGCUAGGUACGGGCAGGGGGGGCAGCUGCCCCUCCUACAAGAGCGAUCGGUCGCUAAUGCUCACGAGUUUCAUACCUAAACGUGCAGCGGAGAGAGUUGUGGGUUCAAGCUGUAAUAGAGGAGAUGAGAUUAUCUUGUAAGAAAGGUCACUGCGUAGGUAGAUAGCAACACCGCCGCCGCAUUUCAAGGCAUUCAAUCCCAGUUCGCUCCCGCCCCAUAUAGCAUCCAGCUGGCUACGCCCAUGCCUUUACAUAUUAUAGUUCAAGGAAGAACCAAUCCUGCGACAUAAAAUUUAGAGGACACCACUGGUCUCGAAAUUAGUGUGUGGGGUAAAGAAAGAUCUUCAGACCGAGCGAGAUAGCAUGAUCGACUGUCAGGCCAAAUAGAUUUGUGUAUAUUAUAGAGAUGUAUGUAUAUUACAUUAAAAUACUUGUGGCACUCGGGGACUGCCGCGGUAAAGCUGCGUAGCAUUUUUUAUCGGCUUAUGCAAUUAUGAUUCUAGUCUAGUCGCACGAUAACAAACACCGUACCGAAGUCUGGCAAGGUCGCACCGAGCCUAAGUCUGCCGAACUAAAACCACUUUGGACGAAUGUUAUGUGUUUUUCGUUACGGAAUUUCUUGAUUCGGUCGUCGCGCUCCAAGCCCGCAAAAGUUAUACAAUAGCUUAAAAAGUUAAUUGAAAGUAGUUGCAUACGAGAUUUCGGGUCCUUGUAUCCUUAUUGAUGCGUGAAGCCGAAUUGUUGUUCAGACAGAGGUCGUCAUGCUUAUGACGACCUCUGUGGCUCAGUGGUAGCUCAAGCCGGGGGUUGCC